GGCGUUCCGGUGGGGUGCGGAUCAUGAUGCCUGUGUGGGACGUACCUGGAGCUCCUGUAGCCAUCGUUAUGGAUGAAAGUUGGUGAGCGGGAACUGAAAUGGUGAGACAGAUCACGUGCUGGUGGAGUUUGAUGUCUGCCCACCCCGGCGUUUAUGGGACGAGAAUGAAAGAGAUACUUGUUAGAUGGAUGAGGAGAAGGGAAAGGCAAGGUGGUGGAGAUAAGGGAGGUUAUUGUCGUGGUACAAGCGGUUUUGAACUAACUGUCUUUUUGUGUUUCUGGUGCCAUGGAAAAGGAUUCAGGAAGAAAUGGCAGCACAUCACGGCCAGGAAAUCCGACCAGCAAAAUCAGGCCAGUACAAUCUUUGCUUGAUUCUAAAGGGCGAGAUAGAAGUGUGCUGUGGCAGGACUGUGGUAUUGCUGUACCGAGCCUUGUUUGAACCUAAGGGCAUACGUCCCCUUUCUGCAACCAUUAUCGCCCAUACCGCUACACGCACGGAUUUACAUUAAGCUGUUAAUCACUAAACAUGCUCUGC